AUGCUGCGGCCCUACCACCCAGAAGUACUCAAAGACCCAUGGACGCUAUUGCAAACGCCUCGAACCUACAUUAUAAAGCCCGUGAACAAAGGCAACUAUGUGCAUCUAGGUCUUGAGCGUGGUCUGCAGGAUCAACUGCACAGUCUGCCAGCAACAACCGUUGCUGAAAUGCACAUCCAGCUCAAUAUCGACGGAAUGGAGAUAUUCAAAGUGUCUAGUCACUGCCUGUGGCCGAUUCUUGCUCCUAUUCGCCUUCCAGUUGUGGGUCAGCCCUUCAUUGUUGGAGUGGUCUCCGGUCCCGGCAAGCCCGAUCCGUUGGAUGACCUCCUGGGCGACUGUGUUGGCGAGCCGAUGUUUUGUGCGGCAAGUUAA